AGGAAGGGGAAGGAGAGUUAAAGGGUAAAGAGAAGGGGCAAUUGAUGAAACAGAGUAGAAGGAGAAGAAAAGAAAAGCAAGACUGACGAUGCCAAGAGUGACAAUUCUGAGGUAUAUCGCUUGCAAAAUACUCGAGGUGGCAUAAGAGAAAAAUCGUUGUUUGAUUAUUUACUUUGAAACGUCACGCUACGAACGCGAUGGUGGAAGUUUUGGUAGAACCGUGUAGUCAAGAAGCAAUAGUAUCAGAUAAGAGUUGCAAAAUAAACGAUAGCCCAAUGGAACGUUUGACUGAAAGUGAUCGUUGUGAUUCGAUUUUGGAAAAAUCUUCACUCAGUCCUAUUCAAAACUUCUAUAAUGGACAAAGCAUUUUCGUUACUGGUGGUACCGGAUUUAUGGGCAAAAUUCUGAUAGAAAAACUUCUUCGAGAAUGUCCUGGAAUUUCAUUUAUCUAUAUGUUAAUACGUCCGAAGAAAGGCAAAGAUAUGCAUCAACGUAUCGAAGAACUUUUUGAUGAUCCGCUAUUCAAUAAAUUAAAAGAAAAGCAUCCAAAAUUUCGGUAUCAAAUAGUUGCGAUAGCCGGAGAUUGUGUUCAACCUGGUCUCGGCUUGUCUCCCGCAGAUAGACAAAUGAUAACGCGAGAAGUUUCUAUCGUUUUUCACGUUGCGGCUACGGUUAGAUUUGACGAAAAAAUGAAACUCGCUGUACCUAUUAAUGUUCGUAGUCCCAAAGAAAUGAUAGAUCUUUGCAAGGAAAUAUCAUAUUUGAAGUCAUUUGUUCAUGUGUCGACUGCAUAUGCCAAUUGCCCGCACGAUCUUAUCGAAGAAAAAAUAUAUGAAGCACCAAUGGAUGCACACAAAUUAGUAACAAUUAUUGAUUAUAUGGACGAUAAAUUAGUUGAAGAUAUUACUCCGAAAUUAUUAGGUGCAUGGCCGAAUACGUACACUUUCACAAAAGCAAUAGCAGAAAGUGUUAUUGUGAAAGAAGCCGGCGAAUUGCCUAUUGGAAUAUUUCGACCUGCCAUUGUCAUAUCAACAUAUCGAGAACCAGUACAAGGAUGGAUUGAUAAUCUAUACGGACCAACAGGUGUUGCAGCUGGAGCUGGUACCGGCAUUUUACGAUCUAUUCAUUGCGAUGGAUCUAUACAGGCCAACGUCGUUCCUGGAGAUUUAGCAGUAAAUGCUUUAAUAGUUUCCGCUUGGGAUGUAGCGGAUCGUCGAAAAUCUACAAUUAGUAAAAAAGAAAAAAACGAUAUACCAGUUUAUAAUUAUGUUUCAAAAGAUAAUCCUAUAACAUAUGAUGAAUUGAAAGUUUUAUCUGAAAAAUAUGGACUUGAAUUUCCCACCAGCAGAGCUAUGUGGUAUUAUAGUUUUCGAAAUAACAAAUACAAGAUUAUUCAUUUGAUUUAUGUUUACUUAUUACAUUUAUUGCCAGCACUUUUAAUCGACACAGUCAUGAUCUGUUUAGGAAAACAACCUAGGAUGUUAAAAGUUUAUAAAAAGAUACAUAAAUUUAUGAGUGUAAUCAAUUAUUUUACUGUCAAAGAAUGGAAAUUUGCAAAUGAUAAUGUUAAAGUGUUAAUAAAUAAAUUAUCAGAGGAAGAUCGUGAAAAUUUUGCUUGUGAUAUUACUCAAGUUGAUUGGGAUCAUUAUUUUCGUACAUAUGUGCGAGGACUUCGUAUUUAUCUCAUAAAAGAUUCUUUAGACACUCUUCCACAAGCGCGUAUAAAAUGGCAAAGAUUAUACUGGAGUCAUCAGGUGUUAAAAUUAAUUCUUGCAUAUGGCUUAUUGCGAAUAUGUUGGUUAAUUAUAUCUUUUUUCUUUUGAAGUGAUAUAUGUUAAUUUGCGUAUUAAAUGUGUUUUAUACGUAUAUAACGAGUGCACUCAAUUACGUACAUGAUAAUAUAUUUGUACGUUUGUGCAUAUGUAUUAUUACAUAAGUUAUAAUACCUAUGCUUUUUUCAUUCAUCAAGUAUAAAUUAAAAUCAAGUUUGUUUGAACUCACAUUUAUAAAAAGUAAGACUAUCUUUUUGAAUAAUUUUAAUAACUUAAAUAAUUUUGAAAAAAUAAAAAAUAAAGAAA